GCGUUAUCAGGAGGUGGGUUUCCCCCAAGAUUGCCGGUAGGUCAAGAGAGAUGAAAUCGUUUGCGCAUUGUUCAGUUGAACGGUGACUACUGAGAAGAACAGUUGUGGCUAGAUUACAACAAACGUGUGUAGGUAGAUUUUAACUUCCAGAAUGAAGCGAACGGUUAGUGGCAUUCUCCUGCUGGCGUUGUCUAUCUGGGGAUCGUUCGCCGAAGAGGUUUCGAGCGAAGACUUGCCGGAGGAUAUUGUGGCAUGCCCCGGUGGAUACUGUGUUGAAAUAUAUCUAUGUGUCAACAACACAAUUGUAAGAGAAGGUGAAAAUAUCAUUGAAACGAGAAUGCUAGCGGGAGAAGAUCCGGACGAACUCAUUUCAGUCGACCAUCAGCAAGACGCAGAGGACGACGGCUGUGAGGAAUUUCUCAUGAAAUGCUGUUCCCUAUCACCACGCAAGGACGGGCCAAGAGUGGUGCCAACUGCAGAAGAUACGGUCGGAUUGGAAAUACCACAGCCUACAUGUGGUCUAGGUAAUCCACGGGGUUAUGUUUACCACGUAGAGGAUUCCACCGUUGCUCAGUUUGCUGAAUUCCCCUGGAUGGCGGCCCUUUUGCACAAUUCGGAACUUCUGGGCGAAAAGAAACAGGUCUAUUUCUGUGGUGGAUCACUGAUCCAUCCUCUGGUGGUCCUAACGGCAGCGCACUGUUUGCAGAACUUCAACGAACCGGGCGAGUUGAUAGUACGUUUAGGCGAGUGGGAUACGAUCACAGAAAAUGAGCCUCUGAAACAUGAGAGUUUGAAUGUUCAAAAAAUCAUCACCCAUGAGUCAUAUCACAAGAAGAAGUUCCACAACGACUUGGCUCUACUAAUACUGGAAGAGCGAGCUAAGCUGAACGUGCACAUUCGGCCGAUCUGCCUGCCGGAGCCGAAUGAGUCAUUUGACGACGUCAACUGCGUAACUUCCGGUUGGGGUAAGAAAGAAUUCAACGAGCUUGGAAAGUAUGCCGAAGUGAUGAAGAAGGUAGAACUACCCAUUGUCGGUCACCGGCAGUGCAAUGAAAUGCUGAAAAAUACCCGACUUGGACCGUUCUUCCCGCUACACUCGAGUUUCCUCUGUGCCGGUGGCGAACCAGGCGUUGAUGUGUGCAAAGGUGACGGAGGAUCCCCGCUAGCGUGCGCUAAGGCGAACGGAGAAUUCGUACAGGCCGGAAUAGUUGCCUGGGGAUUGGGGUGCGGAGAGGACGGUGUUCCGGGAGUGUACGUCAACGUGUCAGUUUUUAUUGACUGGAUUAAAGACAACUUGUCGAGAGAAGGUACAUCAGCGGAUGCCCUGGAUGAUUUUUCUGCAUAUGUGCUACGUACAUGUUCCUGUGCACGUAAGCCGCACUGCACACAUUGCAUUGAUAUGGAGUCUCGCCGCUGUGCGUUCGCAUGUGGAUGUUCCAGACCGAUUUGCAGUAGAAGGCUUUAGAGCACAGCGGACACUGGAAAUCUCGCGUCUGGUUGUGAAUCUUCAUGUGGUAGCUUA